CAACCAAAGGGUCCACAAAUUGCAUUCCGUGCCUCUCGCGAUGCAGUCAGAACAAAAUAUAGCAGACAGGUUUCAUGUUGCUUGCUAAGGUUUUCACGAAUUUCUUUCUCCGCCUUUAACGUGUUCACAGCUAAAGCAUUUAUCACAAUCGCCGUAAUACUGGUUUCUGCAUCGCACAUGGUAUGGAUGUUGACUUCUCAGGCAACGAUCCAGACCCAGUAUGCUUUCAGCAAUGGCUUUCGGCUACAUUUCUUGGGAAUAACAGGACGAAAACGAUCACCGUUCAAAAGUACGACAGAAUAUGCCGUUAUUUGUUGGGAGACAGCAGCAACACGAAUGCCAAGUUUCGUUACUGGGUCAAGUCUAAGAAAUUCAACCUGCAAAUGGCAGCAGAUGGGGCGAGUUUCGGCCACACCUACAAAGGUUAUCAGUUGUUAAUCAAAGAUAGCCAAAAGUCUUACACUGGAAAACGCUCGAAGAGGUCAAAGAAACACGAAUCCAGGCUACAGGAUCUCCUGUGCUUCUCAAAGAAGCUUUUUGAUUCCACCAAAGUGGCCGUUGUGGAGGAUUUUUAUGACAUCAUCAAACUGGUUCACGUCACAAGAUACAAACAGCAUCUUGGUCAGAAACAGACUUACAAAAUUAUAUCGGGUAUAUUUUCAUUCUUACCUCGAGAGGUCGUAACGCACUUUCUUGUGAACUGUGCUGUCUGUCAACCACGAAUGGAAAAGUUUGGUAAUGGCUCUAAAGCUAGCAAGAGCAGAAUUUUUCGUGACUCGCAACUUGAAAUUGAAAGAGAGACCGAGGAUUCAUGUACGGAUAACGAAAAAGAGGCUAUAGACUAUCACGAGGAGACCAAGUCCCUUAUGUCAUCUGAACCUUCUGAUAAAGGAGAAGAUGCUGAAAAUGGAGCCAAUUUCACAACAGCGAUAAGCCCAGGUCUAAUGACAGGCCCCAACAAAGCUCUAUGCUCCUUCGGAGCAGCUGGUUCUGUAGAAGAGACAGGCUCUAUCGCAGGGUCAUGUUCCUUCGAAAUGGCAGAUUCUGGGGUUGUGUUGCUAGAUGAAGAAGAUGCUUGGGAUAAUAAGACUGAUAGUCCAAACUCUAUUGAAGAUGAAAAUCAAAAGAAUUCUUUUUUGGUGAAAGAGGAAGAUAAGCCAGCAGAAACUGUGACAAGUGUACCACCAUUUGAAAGGAACAAAAACAGCUUUCCAAGUAAAGCAGUUGCAUCAAAACCAACUGCUUUGAAAAAAGAGAGAAUGAAGCCAUCAGGAAGCGGAAGAAGGCUGAGCUACUCAACCGAGACUGACGAAAGAUUGCUGAACUGGGUGAAGAAGUUCCAAGAGAAUAGGGUGAACGUGACCCGGGAGAUGCUGCAGAAACAAGCACUAUUGCUGAUACAGCCUGAAUGCCCAGAAUUCAAGGCAUCGAGUGGCUGGGUUGAAAAAUUCUUAGUGCGACAUGGCAUUACUCUCCCUGGCACAUGUCGAAGCAUAAACAACGCGAUCGCAGAAAAGAACAACAAACUUUUAGAUGACCAAACUACAAAUGGGACUACUGCUAACCUGGAGCCAGUAAUAAGAGAGCCACCAAAUCUGAACGAGAUUAUGAACAACGUGAAUGCAAGCUCGCCAGCAGCUAAAGACGAUGAUGAUGAUAAUGACGACGAUGACGAUGAUGAUCUUGAAGAAAAUGACCUCGAGGGGAAGAAAACAACCUCUUCUUCGGAAAUAAACCCAGAGAGGCUAAAAGCUUUCAACAUGUUUGUACGACUGUUUGUUGACGAGAAUCUUGAUCGGCUGGUGCCAAUAUCAAAGCAGCCAAAAGAGAAAAUCAACGCCAUAAUUGUGUCUUGUCAGAGACAGUUCCCAGAAUUUAGUGACCGAGCAAGGAAGAGAAUUCGCACUUAUUUGAAGUCAUGUCGCAGAUCAAGCAGGUUGAAGGAGCCGACAAAACGUACUGCGGAAAGCAUGUCUACAAACAGCGGCCAUAUACCUACCAAUCAGCUCGGAGAAGUCAACAAUAUCCUUUCACAAGCAUGCUUCAACGAGUCCCAGGAGGUUUCGAAACGCGGGAAAUAUGACCUAGAUGAUUCCGUCAUUUCAAAAAGCUCCGAGAGACAGUCACUACAGAAUCAUGUGAGCCACCCACAUUUGCACGAUAGACAUGGACAAAAACACCUGCCAUUUUCAUCCACAAGUAGGACCCCACCAGUCAAGCUAUCAUCAAGUGAAAUAUCUGCAGUUCGACAGCUGAUCACUGGCUACAGGGAGUCGGCCGCGUUCCUUUACAGAUCAGCCGAUGAACUGGAAAACCUUCUCAGGCAGAGUGAGCAGUAUUAUGGGCAGCAGCAGCAACAACAACAGUCAUAAUCUUCAAAGCAUGUUACGGUGUUGCCAGGUAACUUAGGUUGAAAGUUCUAGAAAGAGAGUAUCGGUAGUUGAUUCGAUCAAGAAACUAUGAUCUGUUCCUAAAAGGGUUUGUGAUAAUUCACUAAAUUAUGUAUUGCCCGCAAACGGGGAUGAAGCGGUUGUGCCAGGAACUGGUCAGCAAUUAUGCGGGUGGGUACUUAAACGCACCACCGAUUGUUACCAUUGUUAGGUUACUGCUCUUUUCUUUUCUUAAGAAAUUUUUCUAUGGAUCGUGAUGGAUACAGAACGAAUCUGAGGGAUAGGUAGUGAAGGCAAAUGGUACCAGUGAUUUUGUUUCCAAGUUAAUAAAUUUUGAACCAAAUUAUUGGUCCUCAUUACUAGAAGAAUCUUAAAGCUGUCGAGUAAAGGAAGUCAAAUUUUUGUUUAUCAAAAGUGGAUGCAUUGAUUAGGAAAAAAGACCAGAUAUGUUUCAUGUCGUCAAGAAUAGCAUAAUUGCCGUUAUUUUUAUCCCCAAGCCCACCAUUCUUUGAGUAGCGUUUAUUUUGAUAACUCUAUACCUCUUCGGCAUUCCACCUCACUCUUACAAUAGCUUCGCAGUUCCUGGUUCCAAUCCACUGAACUAGUAUGUAUUGUAAAUUGUUUUCUGAUAACUAGUGUCUAUUUGGAAUCAAUAGUUCAAAUGAAUUCCUUAUAGCUAACCUACGAUGAGAGAUGCUUGUUUCCAGGAUUAUAUAUUUGAUUCUUUGCUGAAAUACAAGGCUGUUCUGCUUUCUGGCGGCACUGCUGAGAAUACGAAAUCCGUUUUUAACAAAAACAUUAUAAUUUGGAAACGUUAGAAACAAAAAUACACAGCAAUUUUCCAUUCAAAUUUUCCUUUCACCCCCCUUUCCUCAUGAUUCUAAUCGUUUCAAAUACAUUCCCCAUAUUUUUGAUGAAAACAAUACCUUCCCUUCGUUCAUGGAAGUGCUACCUUGACUAGUUACAUUAAUAUAGGCGUUUUAACGAAUAUUUCGCUCAACGGAUAAAAAAACACAAUUUCCAUUCUGUGAUUUUUUAAUAAGAAAUUUCUUCAUUUGAAAAGAUAAUUGCAUCACCUCAUAUUUCACGAUGUUGAAUAUUGUUCAGAACCAAUUGUUUGCAUGCGUUUGAAAAAAUUCCUCUUAUUUAAAUUUGUGAUUGUUGGCUUGGUUUUCAACCGGAUCUCAUUAAACAAUGUUUACGUUGCUCGUCAUUUAUCAUCGUUUAAUUUAACUUUUUCUGAUGUAUUUGACAUAUUUCAAUAAUUUAUUUCAUCAUUCUCUAGUGCAAAUUCUGAAGAUACUGUUAACGUACUCCGUGAUUGCGCGAAUAACCUCAAAUCCAUAUAACCACCCUCACUAAUAACUUUUCUUAUUGCUACUUUCUCACGGUCAGCUAAUAUAUGAUGUUAUAAACCCCCAUCUUCCACGAUCUUCGCCUACCAGUAAUUCCUCUCAACUGUCAAGCAACCGGGGGUUACUGUAGCAAUCACGGCAUGACGUCGUGGCCUCUCAUGCAAUUAUUGCAAGUUACAUGUCAUGUAAUGAAAAACGUUGUCUGAGAAAAUGUAUUUAAAAGUAUGAAAGGCAGAGGCAGCAGACUCGAUUUUAUGGCAUUCAAAUGUGAAUACUUGAACUUUUUUGAAAAGCCCAGUUAUUCCCUUUCACUUUGAGCAACAUAGUAUUAUUGUUCCUGUCACUUAGUCACCCAUUUGCCAUAAUUGAGGACCUGAUUUACGUUUAGCCAAACCUUUUAUCAAGCAUGGCGUAUAUUGUCCCUGCAAAAGCAGAUUUUUAGAUUAAAAUAAUUGGCACCAAUGCCGUUACGAUCCUAUUUUGUCGAUUAUAGUGGCCCGAAGGGUGAGUUAGAAAACUUAAAGCAUCGAUGUUGUCUCUGCCACUUGUCCAGAAGGCCUAAAGGUUUAAGUCGUAUGUUAAAGAUUGCUAUUGUCCAUAGCCUAUAUUAUUUAUUUAUUGUAUGAUAGUAGAGUUUAGAUAUAAUAAUAGUUCAUUGCAAACAGUUUCAAAAUUACAUAGAUGUCUAUAAAUUAAAAGAUAGCUUUAAAAUCUCAUUGUCUUUUUAAUUUUAGCACUUGUGUGCGUCAGUUUUUGAAACGUCCAAUCCGUAUGUGCUGACAGAAUGUUUUGAAGAUGGUGAUGUCAUUUUAGAUUGUAGUAGCGCUCGAAGGGGUUUUUAAGCCCUCAAUGUCCCCAGUAGAUUGCCCCCUCUCGGAAGAAAGUCACAAAAAUUGUUUUCUAAAGGCUCAUUGAUUCUUUUGAAACCUUCUUAGCAAUCGGUGCACCCAAAAUCCAGCAGGAAAAGUAAUUCUCAAUAAACAGGUUAGCUACGCGACGUUGCUCACGCAAAGCAUUCUGGUAAGCAUUUCCAUAGUUACAAACAACUUCAACUUUGAAAAAAAUUAACUAACGUAGACUCGGAUGUUGUUAACGCGAGUCCUUUAUCCUAAAUGUUAUCGAAUUAUUUUAUUCGUUUGCUUGUUACCAUGGAUUGUUUAAAAAGUGUUAUGCAGUGAUUAAGAAAUAUUGUUUGACCUGUGGAACUAUAGUAUCGUAAUUUGUGGUGUGUUGAAGUGAAAUAAAACUUUUUGUUUUCUUUCCGUAAAGAUUUACUGAUUUUCAGGGUUGCUUUAAGCACGUUUACACAAUCUCGUAGUCAGUAGUGUCAUAUUUAAAUUCUGUAUCGAUUGCCACCUGUUGACACAAUAAACAAUUACAAUCUAAAUAAAA